CGUGCGGGAGCUGCGUCGUAAGCCGCAACGAACUGUGUUUCGUCUGACGCUUGUUAACCAAUACAACACGGAGAACGUUGCCGCCUACGCCGACUUGGUGCGACUUGGCUGGCCGGACUUUAUCGAAGUCAAGGGCGUCACGUACUGCGGCACAAGUGCGGCAUCCACGCUGAGAAUGAAGGAGAAUGUGCCGCGGCACGAAGAAGUGGUACGAUUCUGUGCGGCCCUCUGUGAGGCGCUGGCCUCCGAUACCGCUCCCAGGGACAAACGAACAUGGCUGGGCACCGAGCCGGAGACAGGACCCUUACAGCGCGAUCUUAACUGUGAUGAGAAAAGGACGUCGGUUAACAACAUGGAGAAUAACAACAGGAGGUGUAAUCGUAAGGAUGAGGAGGAAGGGGUGGGGAUAAAUUUUAGCGGUCCAUACAGCAUUGCAUGCGAACAUGAGCACAGUUGCUGCGUUCUCAUUGCCCUACGCCGCUUCCUAGUGAAUGGAGUUUGGCAUACAUGGAUUGACUAUGAGAAGUUUAAUGCAUUGGCCCGUAGUGGGCGGACGGAAUUUACAGCAGCGGAGUAUGCGGCGCCGACACCGUCAUGGGCGGUGUUUCGCUCAAAUGAAAAGGGCUUUGACCCCACACAAGUCCGCGUCCAUCGCAAGAGCGGUAAUACAACCGUGGUGACUUCCAGUUGCUAA